AAAGAGAGAAACUGCUUCUUGUGGAAAACGUAUCUCCUACUGCAUAAAUGUUCCACUUGUUCUCACAUAUCAGGAUCCUUUUCAUUGUUAUCUGGCUGACUUUGCUUUGUGAAACACCCUUACUGCAGUGUUUUGUGAACAUCCCCCAGCACCCCGUGUGUGUGUGUGUGUGUGUGUGAGAGAGAGAGAGAGAGAGAGAGAGAGAAGCAGCUGGCAUUAAUUGAAAGGGGAGGGGCUGGAGGAGUGGCUUUCUUGGAAGGCUGUCGCAGGACUUUCACUAUAUCCCAAGGAAAAGGAGUUAAAGGAUGUCAGAAGAAAGCAUGCUGCGAUUGUAAGAGAGACAGGGACUGGUGGUUCCAUUGAAUGUAUUUUAUUUUUUCAGUUAAAGACUAACACUACAGACUUAUGACUAGUCCUCCCCUGGGAUUCAAGCAGAUUCGCGAGCCACUUGUAGAUAGUAUUUAAUACAGUAAACGCAGCACCGCUACAGCUAGUAACACGAUUUAAAAACUUUUUUUAAUUCGAACCACUUAAUAAGUUUUAAAUGCAACGCUGUUUGAUAUAUGAGAAAACUAUGGCAGCCGAGACGAGGAACGGCGGGAGUUCACUGAACAACAAUAACUGCAAAGACCACAGCAGGAGAAAGUUACUGGUCGGAGUGGAUCUCUUCUGCUUGUUCUUAGUGUUGCUUGUUGCCGUGUUUUUGCACAAAUCUCCCUUCCCGCCUUACCAGAGAGGAUUCUUCUGCAAUGACAACAGCAUCAGGCUGCCCUAUAAGGGCAGCACAGUGUCCAACACCAUCCUCACAGCUGUGGGCUUCACUGUGCCCGUGGUCUCAAUCAUCAUUGGGGAGAGCUACAGGAUCUACUUUCUGAACGAGGGGUCCAAGUCUUUUGUAGGGAACCCCUACAUUUCUGCUCUCUACAAGCAGGUGGGCGUGUUCAUCUUCGGCUGUGCCAUCAGCCAGUCCUUCACCGACAUUGCCAAAGUGUCAGUGGGCCGCAUGCGCCCUCACUUCCUCGAUGUGUGCAAACCAGACUUCUCCACUAUCAACUGCUCCCUGGGCUACAUCACUGACUACCACUGUCAGGGGCCAGAGAGCAAAGUUCAAGAGGCCAGGAAAUCUUUCUUCUCUGGGCAUGCAUCAUUCUCUAUGUACACUAUGCUUUACCUGGUGUUUUAUCUGCAGUCUCGUUUCACUUGGCACGGAGCUCGCCUGCUGCGCCCUCUGACCCAGUUCACCCUCAUCAUGAUGUCUUUCUAUACCGGCAUGUCCCGUGUGUCUGAUCACAAGCACCACCCCACUGAUGUCCUGGCGGGUUUUGUGCAGGGAGCCUUGGUGGCAUACUGCAUAGUAUUCUUUGUGUCUGAUUUGUUUAAGCCCAAAGGUAGACGUUCUACCCUGUUGCCAACCCCAGUGAAGAAAGAUCUCGUUCCUCCAGCAGACAUCAGAGAGCGAAGCAACCAUCUCAUCAUGGCAUAGAAAAGACUGCAAACUGACUUUAUAUAACCCUGACCUGUGCCAUUUAAAUCACUGCUACAGCCACUGGUCAAUACUGGAUGAAAUAAACUUCAAAAAUCUGGAUAAUGCAGACAAAUAUGGAACAUAUAUGGAACAUCUCAGAGGAUGAGAAGAGGCCACGGAAAACAAUCAAGCAAGUUUUGCUUUCUCAACGGAAAUGUUCAUCUUUUUCCCUCAUUCUCACUAGACAUUUUAAUGUGGAAAAGAGAGAGGACUGGGCAUAUGUUUGUUUAUGUUAUGAAGAUUAUUGGAGAUUCUCCUCUGUCAAGGCCUUUCCAUGGACAAAAGUCUGAAAUAAAACAAAACUUGAGAAUUGGCAGCUAUACACAAAGCUGUGUGUGCCUUUCUCCCCUCAGCUGCAUUCAGCAUGGGAGCUAUACUAAUAUUCCUGCCACUCAUUCACUAUGUGACUAAUACAAACGAAACAUGACAAAAAAACUAAUUCCUUGAUUUCAUGAAGGAUGUUGUUUGGUUUUAUUACGAACAUAAGCAUUGUAUAUGUGAUUUUAUAGUAAUAUUUUAGCUAAACUCAGUACUGUUUGUCACCACUUGAAUGACCUGAAGUUAAGCUUUUGGAAAGCUUUGUAAGACUUUGUAAGCUUGUGUUAUGUCCAUAAUGUAGUGUUUCAUAGAAGGUGCACAUAAUUUAGAGUAGGUGGAAAGUACAGUGAGAGCGUAUGUGUUAGAUGUGGGCCUCUUUCUGCUGGGUAGGACGAGCCCUCAUUGAGCCAUUUAAUGAAAUGACUGUUAUAUGUACCAGACAGGUGCUCACAAGUUUUAGGUAAGAGUGUGUGUGUGUGUGUGUGUGUGUGUGUGUGUGUGUUUGGGUGAGGCCUUUCUGUGAGCAUGUCAGUGUGUUUUAAUGUCAUGUCUAUAUAUUUUAGUGUUUAUAGCCUACAAGUGUGCCUCUUCAGCCAGAGAACAGGCACCUGCUCCAACAGACACUUGAGACGGGAACACUGUGGAAAAAAAGUAUCUGUACAUGCAUGUAUACUUAAAUUAAAGACCAGAUCUUCCUAGAGCAGUGGUUACUUUUCAGUACCAAAGCAUAAUUUAGUAAAAAAGUAAACAAUUCAUUGGCACAUUUUAAGCGCUUAAUAUCUCUUAAAGUCUUGGAAAGUAAUAGACUAGGGCUUCCAAUGAAGCUCUGCAUUUUAACUAAUAGACAAAAAUCAUUACACUGGUAUACAAUUGCAUUAUCAUAGAUGAAAAUCAUUACAUUGGUGUACAAUUUAAAGUUAUAAUGAUGAUAAUAUGUUUGCAUGACAUUAAUGUAAUUAACUUUUUAGCAAAGAUAAAAACCACUGACUGAAAUUAUCAUCCUAACUCAACUUUAAGAUACUGAGACAAGCUUUGAUCUGACGCUUAUAUGGAUACUAGUUUUUUCUUCAUACAUGUCUUGAAAAUCUUCUAUUUACAGCAUCAGGAAAUUCUGCAUGCUACCAUACAUUGUACAAUACUGUUUCAUGUGUUUAUACACAGUAUUUCUUUUGAAGAAACGCCCACUAUGACUUUGUGUCGAGACCUGUGUAAACGUAAAACAUGCUGCUUUAAAGAGGCAAAGCUUGGCAGAUGUCAUCCAGUAAAGUUGACAACUUGUGAAUAUUAAGUUUAAUGAAAAACAAAGCUCUCAAGGCAGACAGCUUCAGUACAUUUUUAUUAAAAAAAAUAUGCCUUUCAAUAUUUUUGUAAUGUCAUGUGAAAUUUUGUACAAUGAACCUUUUAAGACGUAUCAAAAAUAAAAUGUCUUUACUAAAACACAAAAGAUCAAA